CACAACCAAUAUCUACAACCUCUGCAACAUUGACUUCUAAUAUGUUUAGCCAAAAUCCAAUAAGAUCUUUUAACACGCCGCUAGCGAUAAAUGGAGCUUUCAACACUACGUCAACGCCAUCAACUUCCAAUGGACCAUUCGGCACGAAUAAUUUCAAUUCUGGAUUCUGCUUUGCUAACCUAGCUGACAGGAGUACAGUCUUUGGAAGUGUCACCCCUUCCACAUCUUCAACAACACAAGGCUUCCAGUUUUCUUUCUCCAAGUCCCCAGUCAAAUCACAGCAGACACCAGUAGUCCCAGGCUCAUCAGACUUUGAUGUAAAACCCACCCCAGGACCAGGAUUCUUUUCAACUCCGCUGCCAUCAGUAGUUCCUGCUCCAGUGAUUGCUGCACCUGUCACUCCCAUAGCUGUGUCUAAUGUUAAAGGUCCUGUACCUGAUACUACAUCAUCCCCUGCACUUCUGUCAGCCCUUUCUGGCCAGAGAUCUAUUACUGCAGGAGUCGAAACUUUUUUCUGUACUAGAGCAAAAAAGUCACCUGAACAGACUGAAGGGGAAAUCACAAUUUUAGUGGACACCCACAACAAUCGUGCCACCAUCUUGAUGAUGGGUGACACUAGAGAGUUACUCUUUCAUCAUGACAUCAGAGAGUUGAAGUUUAAGCGGGCUACUGGGAAAAGCAGAAUCACCUGGACGGGAACUAAAGUUGGAUCACAGGACACGGAGAAAGUAACUGUCUCACUGGAUAACCCCUCACAGCUUAGAGACGCUAUUAGAAAGGCAGCUGUUUUUUUAAACAAUCUAUAAAAAAAUUCCAAAAGUAUCAAUUGGACGAAAAUUAAUACUCGCUGAUAUUGCUCCAGAAAUGAAGUCCUUUUGUGAAAGCUGAAUGAAAUAUUAGAUAUUGUUUUUUUUC